AAAUUUUUUAAAUUUACGUUUAUUAUAAAUAGAUUCUUUAAAUUUUACUGAUAAUCUGAAUAUUACACAUUAGAAUGAAAUUAAUCUCGAAAAACUCUCAAAAACCCCAACUCCAAUAAUCUUGCUUAUUACUUGCACGUUUUCGAAAAACUCUUGCAUUGUAUACAUUGCAUCUCUCUCUCUCUCUCUCUCUCUCUCUCUCUCUCUCUCUCUCUCUCUCUCUCUCUCUCUCUCUCUCUCUAUCAUCGUCUUCGUCUUAAGGAGAUGGCAGCAUCAUUGGCAUGCUUUGUUGGGAGUGGUUUAUCUACACAGAGUAAUAAAAUAACUCUUGGCAAGGACGUAAAUCGAAGACAUCCCGUAUUUUCUCGGAGACAUUCAUCAUUGAGGAGGACAUCAAAAUCUAUCUUAGUAAAAGUAUCAUUUGAUCAAAGGGAACAUGAAGGGAGAAGAGGAUUUCUGAAAUUGUUAAAUGUGACAGUUGGCUUACCGGCAUUAUUAGGAAGCGCAAAAGCUUAUGCUAUUGACAAAGGGGUUUCCUCCUACAAAAUGACUUAUUCUAGGUUUCUUGAGUAUCUGGAAAAGGACCAGGUUAAAAAAGUUGAUCUGUUUGACAAUGGAACUAUAGCUAUUGCAGAGGCUGUUUCUCCCGAGUUAGGUAAUAGGGUGCUGCGAGUGCGAGUUCAACUUCCUGGACUUAGCCAAGAACUCUUUAAAAAAUUUAGGGAAAAGAACAUCGACUUUGCAGCUCAUAAUGCACAAGAAGAGUCAGAUUCUUUCUUUGCAAACCUGAUGGGAAAUCUGGCUUUCCCUCUAAUUGUGAUCGUAGGAUUGUUCCUUCUCUCACGACGGUCAUCUGGAGGGUCGGGAGGUCCCGGCGGGUCUGGCUUUCCUUUUUCUUUUGGUCAAUCAGAAGCCAAAUUUCAAAUGGAACCAAAUACUGGAGUGACAUUUGAUGAUGUUGCUGGGAUAGAUGAAGCCAAACAGGAUUUUAUGGAGGUAGUCGAAUUUCUGAAAAAGCCUGAGAGGUUCACUGCUAUCGGGGCUUGUAUACCAAAAGGGGUUCUUCUCUUUGGUCCCCCGGGGACUGGUAAGACGCUAUUAGCCAAGGCUAUUGCGGGUGAAGCAGGUGUCCCGUUUUUCUCAAUCUCAGGUUCUGAGUUUGUUGAGAUGUUUGUUGGUGUUGGUGCUUCUCGAGUUCGUGAUAUAUUCAAGAAGGCCAAAGAAAACGCUCCUUGUAUUGUUUUUGUUGAUGAAAUUGAUGCUGUGGGAGGACAACGAGGCACUGGAAUUGGUGAAGAGAAUGAUGAAAGGGAACAGACCCUCAACCAACUUUUGACAGAAAUGGAUGGAUUUGAGGGUAAUACCGGGAUCAUUGUCAUUGCAGCAACCAAUAGGGCUGACAUUCUUGACUCUGCUUUAUUGAGACCGGGGCGGUUUGAUAGACAGGUAUCAGUUGACGUUCCGGACAUUCGGGGAAGGACUGAAAUACUAAAGGUUCAUGGUAGUAAUAAAAAAUUUGAUGCUGAUGUUUCUCUUGAGGUAGUUGCAAUGAGAACACCUGGCUUUAGUGGAGCUGAUCUUGCAAACCUCUUGAAUGAAGCUGCUAUAUUAGCUGGUCGGCGUGGAAAGGUGGAAAUUUCAUCAAAAGAGAUGGAUGAUUCUAUCGAUAGGAUUGUAGCUGGAAUGGAAGGAACAGUGAUGACAGACGGGAAGAGCAAAAAUUUAGUGGCAUAUCAUGAAGUUGGGCAUGCCAUUUGUGGAACUUUGACUCCUGGUCAUGAUCCUGUACAAAAGGUAACCCUAGUUCCACGUGGGCAAGCUCGGGGUCUUACUUGGUUCAUUCCUUCUGAAGACCCAACUCUAAUCUCCAAACAACAGCUCUUUGCAAGAAUUGUUGGGGGACUCGGCGGCAGAGCAGCUGAGGAAAUUAUUUUUGGUGAGCCUGAGGUUACAACUGGAGCAGCUGGUGAUUUGCAGCAAAUAACCAGUUUGGCUAAACAGAUGGUAGUGACAUUCGGAAUGUCUGAUAUUGGUCCUUGGUCACUUAUGGACGGUUCAGCUCAAAAUGGAGAUGUCAUAAUGAGAAUGAUGGCAAGAAAUUUAAUGUCCGAAAAACUUGCUGAAGACAUUGAUUCUGCUAUCAAGAGGAUCUCAGAUGAAGCAUAUGAAAUUUCAUUGAAGCAUAUCAGAAACAACCGUGGGGCCAUCGAUAAGAUUGUGGAAGUCCUACUGGAGAAGGAGACAAUUACCGGAGACGAAUUCAGAGCUCUCCUUUCAGAGUUUGUUGAAAUUCCACCUGAAAAUGCGGUCUCUCCUUCAACUUCCUCACUAGUUGCUGUUUGAGUUGCUAUAUAUCAUUGCAAUCUAAUGUACCCCUCCAAGUACUCAAUUAACCCACUUGGGUUGGCUCGGGACCUAGGAGUGUGCUCCUCCUUAAGGUUUUAUGUUCGAUUCUCUCUGUUGCCAAUUUGGGUGGACUAAUUUAGCUUCUUACAAAAAAUAAUUUAGUACUCAAUUUUCUGAAAUUGUAAAUAUUUGCAAUAUACCCUUUAGUCCAAGUUAUUUUGUGUUGACAAAAGAAAAAAUUUUCCUUCAAAUUGUUAGUUAGGACAUGAUGUAACUUACAUGAACAGUAGUA